AUGGCUGUGCGAAAUGAUUUAUGCAUUCCAGGUCUUGAGGACAAAUCCGAACAGGAAAACGGGGUUUCUGUAGAGGAAGAAUUUGAGUACUCAGAAAGAAGAAAGUGGCUGCGUUCUGUUAAACAAGAUGCCAAAGCCAUGGUUCCUACAGGCUUUUCUGGCUUGGUUGCUGGUGUAUGUAGUAUGGCAAUUGGUGAGUUUGUUUCAGUGUACACCCAAAGAUCCUUAGAGGUGGCUCUGGUGAAAAGAGAGACCACAAUUGUGGAAAAAGAGAAAAGUACCCAUCUUUAUAGAUCAAGUUAUUAUAUGUUUUACUUGCUUUAG